GGGUGCAAUGCCUGAAGCUCGGAAGUUCUUACACACCAGUCUUUACUAAGACUCGGGUCACGGAUGGAUUGUUCAUGUAACUAAUGCCCUCUGUUUGGUUAUAAAAAUUCAUUCAGAACUUACAAUAUCCAUACACAAAACUCAUAAAAAGGGUAGAGCUAUGAUUUUUCAUACUACUUGCCCUAUAAGAGUACGCCGCAAGUUUAUAAUGGCAUGUGAGUACGUCUCAGCUAAUCUUACAUAUGACAACUGGCAAGUAGUUAUUUUCACGCUUUUGCUUCCUCUGGUCAUAUUAAUCUCCAUGCAUGACAUUAAGCUUGAACGAAAACAGUAUAUAAAACAGAGCUCACAUUGUUGUCCAAUAAUGGACCAUAUCUUUGUGAAGUAUACGAGGACAUUGGAGUUUGCAAAAAACAAUAUAGCCGUCUCUCCGGCUUCGGUUGUAGUUUACUAUGACAUCCCAAAUCAGCAUUAGAACUCUAUAAAACCAUUCUCUCUUCUAACAUCCAUAGUACAAAUAUUUUCCACCGCACCUUCAAGUUUUACCAUGGCCUCUCCUGCCUUCAAGCAUGAGUUCUUCAUUGCAUUAGUCCUCGCUCUGUCCGUCUUCCAAAUGACAAGCGCGGGCGACCCGGACAUCACGAGCGAUUUUGUCGUCCCGCCAAACGUCACAGCAGUGGACGGGAACUUCUUCACCUUCACUGGAAUGAGAGCUCUCAUUUCGAUGGAUCUUUCUACGGCUUUCAAAGUGACGAAAGCAAGCGCGGCAGAAUUCCCGGCUCUUAACGGCCAGAGUGUCUCAAUGGCAGUUCUCGAGUACUCGGCCGGCUCAGUCAGCCCGCCACACAUGCAUCCCCGUGCUUCCGAGCUCCACUUCCUCCUGUAUGGGUCUCUCGAGGUCGGAGUCGUCGACACGGCCAACAAGCUCUUCACACAGACGCUCCAAUCGGGGGACAUGUUCAUAUUUCCGAAAGGACUGGUUCACUACCAGUAUAAUGCUAAUGCGACGGACAUUGCUAUAGCCUUUUCUGCAUUUGGUAGCGCGAGCGCUGGAACCGUCUCGCUUCCUUCAAGUGUAUUCACCACUGGCAUCGACAGCGGGAUCUUGGCCAAGUCAUUCAAGACGACCGUCUCCACCAUUGAAGCUCUCAAACUUGGGCUUACACCACCCAAGGCCUAA